CUCCAGAAUAGCGCGCGCGGCGGCGGCGGAGAGCGAGCGAGCGAGCGAGCAGCAGCACGAGCCCCGCGUCGCCUUCCUCUCUCUCUCCGGUACUGGCUUUGUUCCGGUCCGGUAAGGAGACCCCUCCCGUACCCCCCCCCCACCCCCCGAGUGAGAGCGGGAUGUCGUCGCUGAAGGAGAACCGGUGCUACGGGCUGUCCGGUGGCGACCGGAGCCGCGCGCACGUCUCCGUGUUUCACGUCAAACUCACUGACAGCGCGGCGAGAGCCAUUGAAGACGGAAAGGGCUGGUCCUCCGGUCCCACCAUCUGCUUCAAUGGCAGCAAAGGGAGCAUCUCCGUGCCUCGCUCCGAGAACACCGAUGAACUGAGGGUCUUCCACUUCGGCCUGACCAACGUCGCCCGAGAUAAUCCGAACGGAAGCUUCGACUGUUUCCAGCAGCGCGGCUCCGGGUCUGCCGAGGAGCUGUCGUGUCUCGGGGUGAUUCAGAAAAAGAUGACGGUCAACGCCACGGACGACUCGUACGAGAAGGCUCGCCAGAGCAUGACCCAGGCCGAGGAGGAGACGCGCAGCCGGGGCGCCAUCGUCAUCAAGCAGGGGGGCCGCCUCCAGGGCAAGAAGGUGACGGUCCGCGCCCCGGGCCCCGCGCUGGCCGGCCUGACCAAACCCCGACACCCCGACAAGUCCCGGUCUCUCCUCGGCGGCGUCAGGAGGGGCGUCGUCCAAACCGCCGCCGCCGCCGCCACUUCCAAGCCGAAGAGGGCGGCCUGCGCUUCCAACGGGAAGAGCGCGGGCGGCGUGCAGGAGAGGCAGCUCGGGGAAAGACUGGCGCAUCUGCUCGCCCUUCGGCCGUACAAGAGGCCCGAGAUCAUCCUGAGGCUGCAGAAGGACGGACUGACGGCGAGCGACAAAGACCUGCUGGACUCGGAGCUCAUGGAGGUGGGCCAGCUCAACAGCAGAGACAACACGUUUGUCCUGAAGGACGGCCUCUACAAGGAGCUGCAGAGGGACUGGCCGGGCUACUCCUCCGGAGACCAGCAGCUCCUGAAGAGGAUCUUCGUCAGGAGGCUGUUUCAGCCGCAGCACAACCUCCUGGCUGUCCCGGAGGCCCAGGUCAGUCCGCUACGAGACACCCCCAACUCCUCCCCGGCGCACCCCCCCAAGCCGCCCCCGCCCGAGGACUACACCGACCCUUUGGCGAGCAAGAAGCCCCGGAUAUCACGCCUGUCCGGCAAAACGUCCGGAGCGAGGCCCGCCGGGAAAAGGGACACGCUGGACCCCCGGACGCUUUUCGACUCCCUGUCGGCGGUCUGCCGACGGGGAGCGGACGUGGCCGAGAGGCUGGAAGCACCGCCCCGUGCCGAGGAGGGACCCCGGGUCGCGGCGCCGGACCCCCCUCGACCCGCCCCCGCCCGCCCCCCGUCCCCUCUGGCGAUGCCCGAGCUGAGCAGACACACAAUCAAAAGGAAGAAGAGCAAACACAAACGCAGAGAUCAGGAGAAGGAUCGGUCACGAGCCCGGAAGGAAAGGAGUCGAGAUCUCAGUUCAGAGGAUCCCAACGGCAACGUCUCCUUGUACUGCAUCGAGCCGAGUGAGAUAUUGUUUGAGUCCGGCGACGACGCAGCGGACUAUCUCCUGAAGUACGCGGCGAUCUCGAGCCCCGUCCAGAGGCAGCGCUACAAGCUGGACUUCAACACGGAGUACAGCGAGUACCGAGAUCUGCACGCUCGCAUCGACGGCGUGACGCGGCAGUUCAUGGAGCUGGACACGCAGCUCAAGAGGCUCCACCACGAGUCCCAUAAGUACAAGACGGUUCGUAAUCAAAUUCUUCAAGAGUAUCGCAAAAUCAAAAAGUCCAACCCCAACUACAACCAGGACAAGACUCGCUGUGAACACCUGCACAACAAACUGGCCCACAUCAAGAAGCUCAUAUCGGAGUACGACCGGCAGCAGCUCUGACGGCGUGGAGGCGUGAGCGACGGUCACCUCCGGACCACAGGGGGGCGCCGUCGAGCUUUAACGACUACGGCCUCCGCCAACGCCGCCAGAAAUGCCACCGAGAUAUUUCACUCUGAGAUAAUGCGACAUUUUAACCGCCAAGGACGCGAGGACUUCCUGUUGUUGUUGUUGUUGUUGUUUACAUUUGUAGAUUUUCCAUCAUCGAUUUGGGUGAUUUCUUCUUCAUGAGAUACCUGAUGAGCAGCAGAAGACCUCUUUUUUUCUCUGGGUCUUGAUCGGCGUUCUCCUCAGUUCAGGUGUGCUCACGAAGGACCCCUGAACGCAUCGCCAGUGCCCGAGGCUGGUUUCUGAUCCUGGACCUGGUUUCUGUGGGGGUCUUCCCCCCCCCGGGUCACAGAAGACCAGUUCUGUUCAACACAAUGUGGGCUUGAACAAUUAAGAAAUUUAAAAAAUAAAUAAUUAAUGAGUUGCAUGCGGUGUAUUUUACAGAAUGCAUGAGGAAAAAUAUCUGUCUGUUUUUUUUAAAAAUAAAUUUGUAUUUGUACGAUUUUA